UGAUAGCAAGCAGCACAAAGAGCUUUGUGCAGAGCAAUUGCACUCUGAUCAAUUUCCAAUGGUGAUGAAACAUCUGUUGACUUUGGAAAUUCUACCGAUCAACCGGCCACUGAAAGCACAACAAUCACAAACGAAAAGCAAAAGCAAAAUGUUGCAGUUUAGUCGGAAAUAUGGAUUUCGUCGGUAAAGUUGCAUUGAUAACAGGUGCUAGUUCGGGUAUAGGUGCUGCUACCGCCGAAACUUUUGCAAAAUACGGAGCAAAUCUGGCACUGGUCGGACGUAAUGUGAACAAACUCAACGAAACUGAAAACAAAUGCAAGCAGAUUAACUCCAAUAUCAAUUGUUUAUCUGUGGUGGCUGAUGUCACCACCGAUUCGGAAAAAAUCUUAAAUGCUUGUAUAGGAAAUUUUCAACGACUGGAUGUGUUGGUUAACAAUGCUGGAAUUUUGGCUGGGGGCAGCCUUAUGGACAUCGAUUUGGAACAAUUCGAUAAUGUACUCAACACAAAUUUGCGUGCCGUAUUUUCCAUAACAAAAUUGUCUCUACCCUAUCUCAUCAAUGCCCAAGGUAACAUUGUGAAUGUGUCCAGUGUUGCUGGUCAACGCUCAUUUCCGGAUACUUUUAGUUAUUGUAUAUCUAAGGCAGCAUUGGAUCAAUUUACCAAAUGUCUUUCAUUGGAUUUGGCCUCCAAGAAUGUUCGAGUCAACUCCGUCAAUCCUGGAGUGGUGAUAACGGAUAUUCACAAAACUUGUCUUGGGAUGUCAGAAAAAGAUUAUGCCGAAUAUUUGGAGAUUUGUAAAGGCACCCAUGCUAUGGGUAGAGUUGGUAAUGCCUUUGAAGUGGCCGAAACGAUAGCUUUUCUGGCCAGUGGUCAGGCUAGUUUCAUAACCGGUGCCCUUCUUCCAGUUGAUGGUGGUAGACAUGCCAUGUGCCCACGAUAGAUUAAAUUCUCUUUAGUUAAGUAAUUUUUUGUGAAGUGAAAUAAAUAUGACAAUAAAUCUAUUGCUUCUA